UUUGCUUUUAAAUACGAUACAUUCGGACUGUUCCAAUUAUAUUAAAACGUCGGAAUUAACUGCGAUACUCGAUACUAAUUCAAACACAAAUUUCGUAAUAAGAAAGAUGGAAAAAAAGCAAAAGUUUACACGUUUGAGUGAAAUCCUGACUACUAACAUUGGAAAGUUCGCAAAAAUUAUCGGAACACAUCCGUUUUACUUUAUCUUUCCUACCCUUCUUCUUAGUGGUCUACUAUCUAUAGGAAUUAUGAAUAUCAAAACAAAUUAUUACAACGAUUAUUUGUUAACUCCGGACAGAGGAAGAGUGUUUGAUGUUAUGCAGUUUAUUGACAAAACAUUUCCCAUGAAUUAUUCGACUUUUUAUGAUUUCCUAAGAAUGACCAAACCUCCCCUUUCACCAAUCAUCUAUUUAAUAAAUAAGAAAGGAGAAAGCAUUUUCAAUAAGAACGUGUUAGAAGAAAUCAAAAUAAUUGACAAAAUUGCAAAAAAUGUUACCAUUACGGUUAAUGGAAACAUUAUUCGUUAUCAUGACGUGUGCGGAAUUGUAGAUGGUAAAUGUUUCGAAAAUCCUCUCAUCCCACUAAUCAAUAAUACAGACGUAUCUAAUGUAUUACGACACAAGUAUCCGUUACAUUUGGAUCCUCUGACUUUUGUAUAUAAAAUCCUUUGCAUAAAUUUGGGUGGAGUGAAGACGGAUGAUAAAAGAUAUAUCAAAGAUGCAAAAGCAAUUCGCUUGAUAUAUCCGGUAGACGAAUUUAAUACUAGAACGAAAGAAUUGAGUACAUUAUGGAAAGAAGCGCUGUACAACCGGAUGAAAGCUUAUUCUUCUGAUUUCGUUGAAGUACUCCAGGAACCAUUUCAAUCUACCGAGUCAGAAAUGAAAAUAAUUUCUGAUAAAAUGAUACCUUUGAUAAAUGCGUCGGCGUUAAUAAUAAUUAUUAUUUGCGUAAUAACGUACAUGACUAACAGCUGGGUGAGAUCCAAACCCUGGAUGGCUGUGGCUAGUGUCGUUUCAACUGGUAUGGCUACUGCAGCUUCGUUUGGUUUUCUUUGUGCUUGCGGGGUGGAAAAUGUUAGCUUCAACUUUGGAAUUCCUUAUAUUAUAUUAGCGACAGAAGUAGAUAAUGCUUUCGUGAUAGUUUCAUUCUGGAGACAGACGAGUCCCUAUGACAGCGUAGUAAAACGGAUGGAAAAGACUUACUCGAACGCAGCUGUGUCGAUUACUACAACCAGUCUCAUGAAAUUCUCUACUUACUGCAUUGGCAUGACUUCGCCUUUUCCUGGAGUAAGAACGUUUUUUCUGUAUGCUGCGGUAUGCGUGUUCUUCAACUAUUUGUUUCAGUUAUGUUUCUUCGGUGGAUGUUUGGCGUUGAGCGGAUACAGAGAAGAGAAAGGUCUUCACUCGUUUACAUGUAGGCCAGUUUUGGAAUCCUCAAAAAUUUACGAAGGAUACGGCGAAGCACCCAAAGAUGACUCACUUAUGACGUUUUUCAAAAAUAAAUUUGCUACUUUUAUUUCUCAAUCCCGUACUCAAACCAUCAUUACUGUUGUUUACUUAACAUUAUUAUCAAUAGGAAUAUGGAGGGUUUUGGUGAUAAACGAAGGCUUCGACGUUUUUAAAUUCCAUGAUAAUAAUUACAAAAUUACACAAGCCUAUCGAAUUUACUACAAUUAUUUUACAGAAUAUCCAUACACAGUGCACGUUGUUAUUAAUGAAAAUUUAGAUUAUUCUGAUCCUCGGGUACAAAAUAAAGUACAAAAAAUCAUACAUAAUUUUCACAGUCUUCCGAACAUUGCUGGACCCGAACUCGAUAUAUUCUGGUUAAAAUACUUUAAAAUUUUUCAAGACCAUCCGAUCUCCAAAUAUUCUCUGAUGGGAUACGACAUGACUGAGAAAAAAGACUUUAUGGAUGCUCUCAAAAAUGUCUUUCUGAAUUUCAAAGGUGCUCAACAAUUCCGAAACGAUAUAUAUUUUAAUCACAAUAAUACCGAAAUUAUUUCCACCCGCUUUUUAUUAAUAGCCAAAAAUGUCUCCGAUAAAAUUACAGAAGUUAAUAUAAUGAAGGAUUUGUGGAGAAUUGCGAACGAAGCACCGUUUAAAGUUAACGUUCACAUGUUAGCAUCACCUCUAAUCGAACAGGCAAUUAUCGUCAAAACACAAACUUUUCAAGUCAUCUGGAUAACUUCAUUGUUAACUCUUGUAAUUUUCAUUUGUUUUAUACCAAAUUUUAUUUGUGCUAGUGUCGUUGCUGUUUCCGUUAUAUCUAUUUCCGUACAAACAAUCGGGUAUAUAUCACUGUGGGGGAUUAACCUGGACAUCAUAUCUAUGAUAACGUUAAUACUUUGUAUUGGAUUUUCUGUGAAUUAUCCCACUCAUAUGUGUUAUUCUUUCGUUAAAUCCGAGAAGACAACCACUAAAGAAAAAUUAAAGGACAGCUUAUUUCACCUGGGAUUUCCGGUGUGUCAGGGUUCACUAUCGACCGAUUUCGGGUUAGUAAUUGUGUUAUCUUACGACUACUUUAUAAAUAAAGUUUUUGUUAUCAUUAUUGCUAUAAUUACAGCACAAACGGCAUUUCAUGCUAUGUUUGUUAUUCCCGUAAUGCUCUCAUUUAUUUCAUUUUUGAUGAAAAAAUGGAAACGAAAAUAAAACUGAUGUAACAGAAUAUAUCUUUUAUGCAUUGUGACAUAUUACAUGAACUAUUAUCGUCAUAGUAGGAUGAAGUGGUUAUACCGCGUAUUUUUACAACUGUUUUUAUUUAGUAUUAUUGUAAUUAAUGGUACAUCAAAUACAAUUUCACCGUUUAAAAUGUAUCAAAUAUAUUAUAAUUUUGGAAAUGUUGUGUUUUAUUCAAUAACUAAAACAGUGUUGUAUAUGAAAGAUUCUUUAGUUUUAUUUGUGUUAUUA